GAACCUGUCAUCUACGUCUCCCUCAAUUAUUGUCUAAAUGCCUUUGGCUUCCUCAGCGCACCUGAACUGGCAAGCAACUCUGUGACCAGAACGCUCAAUGCUGGUUUACACGAUAUGAUCGGUGCAUUGAAAUGGAUGCAGGAGAACAUUGGUGCUUUCGGAGGAAACAAGAACCGAGUGAUA